GUCGAGAAUAGUUCGUCGUCGUCGGCGAAGGUGUUUAAUAUUUUAUGCGAAGAAGUAGUGCAGAAAGCGAAGACAUCUUUUUUCGUUUUCACAAUUUUUGGAAUUUAAAAUCAAUAGUGCAUAAUCUGGAAUGUGUACGGUUUGGGUGUUUCGUUGCGUAAGCCUGUAAAAAAUGUCCGUGUGGAAUCGGUUAACCAUGUCGUGGGUGAAUAGUUGUGUGAGAGAAGAAAAUCGCUGCUGAUUUGGGUUUGGCAAAUGGAAAGUCCGUCGUCAUCAAACUUACAGUUGCAGUGAUAAUUUUCCGUGCUGCUGAGACUGAAGAUUGAAUUUUUCAUCUUUGAAAUAUGCAAAAGUGUCUUGAUCUGGUGGAUAACAGUUGAUUCGUAAUCAUUAGUCGGGGACAAAGAACGCAACAGUGGGAUCAACACGAGCGAAGAACUCCGAAAAGAACGGGACUGAUAUGGAGAAAGACUUUUUCAAGUCUCCGAAACCGAGCUGACCGGAAGUUGGUGUGUGGAAUGCAGCACAACACGUACAAUUUAGUGAAUUCGUAUUUUUAAAUCUUAUAUUGUACAGUAGUGAUGAUUUUCGCUGCGUGCUAAUGAAUCCUGGCAAGAUAUGCAUAAUUGAAGAAAAAUAGUUCAGAAGAAAAUAACCGGAAAGUGACAGGUUAAUCGUUCAAAAGUGCAUCAUCUAUCGUGGAAUAGCCAUCAUCACUCGUGCGGCUGUCAUCUUGUAUCUACUCUACCAGUGCAUAUAUUAUAGGACUAUGUGUGAAUCACUGCUUGUGUGCCGUGCUGGCUGCAUCUACCUGGUCGAUGUGUGCUGGUGAACAACACUGUGUUGGGAGAUAAAGGAAUAUUAUUUUUCGUACCUUGGAACAAGUGAAACAAUCAUAGCAAAAGAAAAAAAACUAAAUGCUGAUGUGAAUGUUCGAUCUAUUAACAGCAGUUGCCGUCUGAGAUAAUAAAAGUGGAAUACCUACAUGCUUAUGCCAUGACAAGCAUUAAAAAGUUUUGGAAGAGAAAGUGAUUUUUUUGUUAGUUGCCUCGAGUAGACGUGAGGAAGAGCAUCAAGAAGCGUUUCCGCACAAUAGUGUCACAUAUAAUACCUACGGAUGUGUGUGUGCUUUAGUUUUUGUAUUGGAAAUAAUCAAUAAGCAGUGCGCAAAAUGGAUAUGCAACAGCCUCAGCAGAGAUCAGCAUUUGAAAUGGAAACGCAGGAGUCCCGAUAUGCCAAACAGCGCGCUUCAGUGAAAUGGCUCCUAUCGAAGGCGUACAACAAUCGAGUGCCGGAGUUCCUCAAGGAUCCCUUCUAUCGGGACCACGAAGGUCAGGACCACCUCAAGCCGCAGAUUGUCGUCGGCCUGGGGAACGCUUCCAUCUACUGCCAGGUGCUGAGCAACAUCUACUCCGAUCCCAACUAUCAGAGCCUGAAUCACUGGUCCAUUCUGCAGACCCUGUCCCGGAAGGGUGUGCCACUGAACGAAUCUCCCGAUCAGCCGCUCACGGAAACCGUUCUGAUACAAACGAAUCCUCUUAGAAUUAAUGCCCACAUGACUGUGAUAGAAGCGAUGAUGGUAUUGUACGCUAAAGAAGUCGCUUCCAGCGGAAGGAUUUCCAGUGCAUUGGAAAGAAUAUCCGGCCGCAGUGGGUCGCAACCCGCACAACACCACGAAGCUGCACUGCUCGGUUGGAUUUCGCAUGUCUGCAGUGCGCUGAAGCGACGCAUUGACUACGAGGUGGCCAACGGAGGUGUUGCCGGUUCCUCCUCUACCGUCGACGAAUACGGUCAACGACUUCAGAGCCCGAACAUUCCACCGGUUCGUGAUAUUCGUGACCUUUGCGACGGUGUCAGUUUAGCGUAUCUAAUAUCGUAUUAUUGUCCGAAAUUAGUUCCUUGGUCCAGUGUCAAAUUCAACCACGUACCAACCAUAGAGGACUCAAUCCACAACAUCCUCAUAGUUAGUAAUUUUUCAGAGCGAAGCUUGCCAUAUUCAGUGUUUCACAUGACUCCAGAGGACAUAACCUACAUGCGGGGGGCUAUGAAGCAGAACUUAGUCGUACUGUUGGCUGAUCUGUUCAAUUUGUUCGAGAUUCAUCCGGCGAAAUGUGUUUGUUAUCCUGGAAUGGAACAACAGCAGCUGCCGGAUUCCGGAACAAACGAGCAUGGCAUCGCGCAUCGGCGCGGAAUCGCGACCCACCAGGCCAUCGUGUCCAUUCCCGAGCUACGGUCCGGGCUCGAUUCGCCCCCGGGCAGCAGCGGUAGUGGUGGUGGUGGUGGCGGCGGCGGUGGCACCACCGGCGCUAAUGGAGCCUCCUCUUCUAGACCACCGUUUCAAGUGGUACGUUCGCCAUCCGCUAGUACACUACGCAAGCACGUAUCAGCUCGCGAUAUGCAGGAUCAGCAGCCACAGUAUCCACAACACUCGCAGCAACAACAACAACAACAACAACAACAACAACAGCAGCAGCAUCAGUAUCAAGAUCACGACGAAGGGUUUGUCGUCCAUCGAAGUAAAGGAGUGCCAACGUUAUCAUCAAUGCAAGAACCCCUGGUGCCGGCUCGAAUACGACAAGCCAAGGAAAAGACCAACAACGAUUCAAAGGCAGACGAAAGAGGCGAUAGUAUUCCUGCAGGUCGGCCCAGUAACUGGGAUGAAACCCGGAAGCCGAGUUUUUCAGGUCGGCGUUCGCGACGCAACUCACUUAGUGAAGAAUCUCAGCUGACAAUCGAGAACUUUGGUGGCUCACAGGACCAAUUGAACACGAUCGGUCGCUUCGAGCGAGAACGCAAAAUUUCCAACACUAGCCUAACGUCGGUGGAACCCGCCACUCCAGUGCGAUCGUCUUUGGCCGAUGCGCGUGGAUCGAUUCAGUUCGGCUACGAUACCGACUCGUCUGGUAACGAGAAACAGGAUCGAGAUACUGAGAAACCGGUACCGACAUUGCGGCGGCACAACAGCACCAAUCUACAUUCCAGCAGCGUUGAAAAAGACAUUAUCGAUGGCGAUAUGAGUUCCAAUUUCGGCGGUGUUGGUGGAAACGCAGGGUUAGUUAGUAUGGCUGACGUAGAAGGUACUCCGCGAAGGAAAACAUCCUUUGCGGGGAUGCCUAGCGGAAACACAACAACUUGGCAGCAGCAGGCUAUCAGCGUACAGAAAAUCGAUGAUUCUGAUGAUACUCAACCAGGAUACGAGGACGCCAGUAAGAUAUCCACCAUCAAAUUGAAACUGGAGGAGAAACGACGACUGAUCGAGCAGGAGAAACGCCGGAUAGAAUCCGCCUGGUCCAAGCAGUUGCAAACGGUUGGAAAACAAGCCUUUUUACAAGCUAUUAACAAGAGUAAUAAGGGUGGCAGUGUAACGGAACCGGAAGCAUCCAAUGGGUCCGGUGAAACGGUGGUAGUAGAAGACACUGGAGGUGCUACGGUAGAUAAAGCAGAGCGGCCGUGUUCUCUAAAGGAUUUGGAUGAUCAAAGUAAAUACGAAUCGAAAUGGAAUGCCCAAAUCAUCGAGCCCAAAAAGACACCAGAUUUGGAGAACAUGGACCUGGAGCAGUAUCAACAAAGUAUUUCAAAAAUGAACUCCAACCUGCACGACAUCCAGGCUGACAUUCAGCGUUUAACUCAACAGCAGAGCCAGAUCCAGGCACAAACGAUCCAGGCCCAACAGCUACUGCAUGCCCAGCAAAUCGCCAGCCUACUCAGCCAGCAAUACGGGUCUCAGCAAAAUAUCCAGCAAACGAUACACGGAACUUACCGGCCCAUCACUACUCAACUGUUCGGCUCUAGUCCUCAUCUACCGCAGCAAGCUGGACUGCUGCAGCAGCAGCCACCUCAACAGUCACCGCUUAACUAUGGCACAAGACCUCCCAGUCGUGACCCAUAUUUAACACAGCAGCAGCAAAUGCACACCCUGCAAUACAUCAACGACCAGGGCCAAUAUAUUCAGCAAGCACAGCAGCAACCGUAUCCCAACAAUAGUCAUAUGGGAUAUGAGAACGGGCAGUUCCGGAAGGAAAACCAAUACUCAUCCAAUCCGUAUUUAAAUACGGAGCAACCACAGCAACAGUUUUACCAGGAUUCCAACCACUAUCGGGAUUCAUAUUUGCUGCAAGAGGUUAAGGAGUCCCCUCUUCAACAGCAGCAGCAGCAACAGCAGCACAAUCAAUUCUUUUUGCAUGACAGCAGCAGUAGCACCCCUCCGCAGCCCGCUCAGCGAAGAACGUGGGCCCAAUCCGCGGCAGCCGCCGCCAACCAACGAGGUGGCACGAAUGACAUAGCGCUAGACAUUAACGCUUGGAAUCAAGGCAUGAGAAGUUCACCAUACAACAAAUCCCCUAGUCAAAGUGGCUUUUCACUGCAUCAUAACGGAGAUUCCGGCAGUGGUGCGGUCGAAAACUAUGGUCCCAAUAGCCGUCACGGCGGCAGCCAACAGUCAUUCCAAAAUCUUUUCGAAGUUCACCAUGGCUCUUCCGGUAGCCCACAGCACAAUCGCGUUAGAAAUCAAAUAUCUCAGAUGAUCAACCAUGGAAGUAGCAGCAAUUCUUCGCCCAGUGCAGAAAAUCGCAGUCAUCAUGACAGUUUUCGGGACAACCGAAGCAUGCCACUGUCCCCGCCGAUUGACGAUAUGGCACCGCAGAGCAUUUCUUUCAUCGGCGAUGAGGAUUCGGGCGACAUCGAGAUCAACACAUCGAAAAACAGUAGCUUUACCCGACGACAGCAGCAACAGCAACAGCUCGAACAGCUGUACGGUAGCAGUAAGAUGGGCCACAAAGCCCCCCAGAGCAAUAACGUUCACGACUUGGACAAGCAUUUAAGCAAACUGAAUAUUACCAGCGGUAAUCGUACUUAUAGGAUUCCAUCACCGACUAGGCCGACUCUCAACUCGAAUAGUUUCCAUGACCCACAACAGGACGAAGUGAAUGAGAAAGGCUUCUAUAUUUCAUUCGACAACGAGCAACCAAAGCGGCCGAAACCCCCACUCCGAACCAAACGCUCGCCGAAAAAAGACAAGCUCGGCAGUGAUGCGGACACCAGCGAACGAAGCAAAGAAUCCGAAAGAGCAAGCCAUAGAGAGAACAAUCAAAACAAUUUUGGCACCUUCAGCGUGAAGACAGCAAACAGUUUCUCCGCCAACUUCAACGAGGAGCAAGUGGUUAGCCGCAAGAGUAUUAUCGACAGUGCAACGUCACCGUUCGAAACGGGCACCACUGGCAAUCGGUCCAGUAACAAUAACAACACCACUGGCGGCAGCGGUGGCCAGAGUAUGGCUUACGAGAGGGACUUUAGCGAGAGGCGCCACUUGGAGGACGUAACGAAUCACACCAACAGCGGCGUUAAUAACAACAAUAUUCACCACUUCAACAAUAACAACAACAAUAAUAACGGAGAUGGUUACGGCAGUGAGAACGAGAAUCAGCGGAAAGCCAAGCUGGUAAUUGGAACAGACGUCACGAAUUUAGAUCCGAGCUCCGUCGACGAAAUGGAGCGGAAAAAGGAGAAAAUUAUGCUGCUGUCGCUGCAGCGACGACAGCAAGCGGAGGAAGCCAAGGCUCGAAAGGAAUUCGAAGCUAUACAGCGAAGAGAAAAGGAACGGGAGAAGGAGGAAGAACGAGCUCGCAAGAAGGAGGAACAGUUUGCCCGACGACAAGCAAUCCUGGAAGCACACAAACUCAAGAAGGCCAUCGAAGAAGCGGAGAGAGAGGGUAAGACCAUUGACCGAGAGCUGCUGAUUAAGCAUCAACAGCAUCAGGCACAGCUGAACCAGUCACCGGCAUCUGCAAUGCACCAAACAUCGACACCGAUCGCGAAAAUGCGCCCACAAAAGCUGAGUCGACCGCGGCCCAAAACGAUACACGUCGAAACCGGUUCGGUCGAUUUGAGCGAAACUUCCAGCCUCAGUAGUCGAGGCAAAAAGGGUUCCAAUACGAACUUGACCGGAAUCGGGUUGCAAAGCUCAAACUCCAUGCGACGAGAUUACUACCGGGGAUCGCAGGACUCAUUAGCCAUUCGAGAACCAGCGACGAUCGAACGAGGUCGUACGUUAUCACGUAUCUCACUAGCGAAAGGUGCCAAUUUCCGGGGACGUAAAUCCAACUCCCUGAUGAAUCUAUGCGAUUCCGACUCCGGCCUGGGACGUGCGACGCCCCCGAGACGCGCUCCGUCACCCGGCAUGGGACCCUCGAGUCGGCAUCUGCCUUCACCCUCCGGUCCUGGCUCGCUACCGCCAGGGCUAAUCACCAAACGUCGCGGCUUCGAUGAUGGUUCCAGCGACAUUUCCUCAACCGCCAGUUCCAUGAUGGACUACAAUGGUCCUAAAAUAUACAAACAACCUGCCACAAAAUCGAACCGAGGUAUUAUCCUGAACGCCGUUGAGUACUGUGUCUUCCCGGGUGCGGUGAACCGUGAUGCCAAACAGAAAGUUCUGGAGAAAAUUGCCCGAUCAGAGGCGAAGCAUUUCCUAGUGCUGUUCCGCGAUGCAGGCUGCCAAUUUCGGGCGCUAUACGGCUACUGGCCGGAAAAUGAACAGAUCAUCAAGCUGUACGGCACCGGCCCCAGCCAGGUGGACGAUGUGAUGUUCGAUAAGUUUUUCAAAUAUAAUUCAGGUGGUAAAUGUUUCACACAAGUGCACACGAAACACCUCACCGUGACGAUAGAUGCAUUCACGAUACAUAACUCUCUGUGGCAGGGCAAGAAAGCGAAUUUACCAAGUAAAAAGGAUAUGGCCCUAGUGAUUUGAAUUGGUUCCCGGUACGGUGACGUGAAACUAACCGCUAACUCCUCAUCCGCUGUUCCUCCGCCACCGGCGGCGGUGGCGGUGCUAAAAUCGCGACGGUGUAGGUAAAUUCGGAUUCUAAUGCUUUGAAACUACUUUGCUGUCGCACGCACAACAAAUUGCGAGGAUAUACGUUUGGGACUACUACAUAGUUUCGAUUUAUAAUAACUGUGUCAAAGCUAACAUUCUACUAGCAAAGUAACCAUCAGGAAAGGAAUAGUAUUUUUUCCUUUAUAGCAAGUUUAAGUGAAUUGUUGUUGAGCUAUCAGAAGAAAAAAAAAAGAAUUGUAAACGGAUUUGUAUGGCAGCUGUGCGGACAGAAUAAUGCAGCUUUAAAAAUUGAAAGAUUAACAACACAUGUUUAACUCGUCUCCGUGGGAUUUGAUUUUUACGCAGAAAGCAAGAGAGAGGACAUGUUGAGCAGUAUCCCGUAGCCUUGUAAAGUUGUUUAUUUUACUUAGAACAAAUUGAUGUUUGGAAAUGUGCUUCCAGCCUAGCACUGUGAAGCUUUCCAUUAAAAUUGAUCAAAAUUGAUUGUUUCUGCAAGACCUAUGUUUUGAAAAAACGUAAAAACGUGAAUAAAUCGUAGAUUGAUGAUCAAAAUGGUUCGCGUGUGUGGCAUUUAUUUAGAGUAAUUUUCAGUGGAUAUUCUUCAUUGGGGUUAUAAACUACGACAUUUCAGCAAGCUUAAGUUUGAGCCUGCGCAGAUUCCUGGCCACAGCAGAAAUUUUAUGCGAACUCCAAUGUGUGGAGACCGCAAAGCCUACUUCGAUCCUGCCUGUCAAAUCUCAUUGCGUCAAUUUCAUUUUCGUUCAGUUCACAUUUUUCGUGCGUUGUGCAUUGAUCGCGAAACUAUACCUACUUUUAAUUCUAUGUUUCUUUUCUGGAAUAUUGUGCUACUAAAAUAUGAUCUGAAAAGUAAGUAGGUACCUAUUCGAAUGCAGGAGUAUAACAAAACAAUUUUCGAAAUGCCAUGUAUUCCAAGUAUGGCUAGAUUGUUGACAAAUAUUCAAAACAAUCUUCCAAAUUUAUUGAGUUUUUGCAAUUAAAAUUUCAAUUUUAGACAUGAUUUCGUUGCAUCGCAGAACGAAUACAGUGCUUUGACGUUAAAUGCAAUUAGAUAUUGACCGCAACAACAGUAAGCGCUUCUGUCUUGAGCUCGCCAAAACUUCCCGUUUUCUGUCCUUUCACCUCUAGUAAUACCCAACGGAAACCGACCUAUAAAUACACACCCUAACACAGUACUGAAAAUAAAUCUAACUUACUAGUAAAAUGAAAUAGUUGUAGUAAUAAGCAAUUAAUUUAUUUCGCUCGUUUCUGUUUUUUUAUUGUUUCUGUUAUAAUCAUUUUUUUUAAAAAACAUCUUACUCUAACAGUACUUCCCGUGUUCAGAAUUGUAGCCCCCAAAGUUGCGACUACCGUAAUGUUACACACCACCAACUGAUUAAUUUAUUAACUGACUCGCGAUUGUACGCACCCGUAUAUUUUUUAACCAUAACUGCUAGACUUUUAGGGUAAUCAGAAUUGAGUAUAAAUACAAGUCCAUUAGUUGUGUAGGUUAGAUGCAUGGUAAAAUUCCAACCCAUUGACUUUUGAAGACUAAACUAUCGAUCGAUGAAUAUACAUACGCUACUAACUGAAGUUCGUGGAAAGGAAACAGCUCCCAUUAAAGAAUGAAUUUUAAUAUAUUUUUUUAGUAUUCCCAUUUCACUUUUUUUCGCCGAGUUCGAAAUGAAGUUUUUUUUUGCAACGAGUAAUAAAGAUGGAAAACUCACAACACACAUGUCUAAUCAUUAAUUUUAACUGUAUAUUACUGCUUUUUCGCGGGUAGCUACUCAUCGUUUAACAUGGAAUCGAAGAAGAAUGGGAUUAAAUGCGAAGCAUCCGCUGUGCAGAAGAUAAAAAAUGAAUAUAGAUGAGAAAAAUAUAAGUUAUAUUUAGUAAAAGAUGUAAAACAAAAAACAGUUAUUGAAUAACUCUUAGGGCCCAUUUGCCGAGCAUAAACUGAGUAAAAAAGUAUGAAGUAUCUGACCAUUUAACAAUUUUUGUUAAUAAUGAUUUACUACUGGUUUAAACAUAAUUUACUAGGAAUGAUUAAAACCAAUUAUUUUGUACAUCCAUGAAUACUAGGAAAAACAAAACAAACAAAUAAAAAGAAGUUGAUUAACGAAAACCAAUUUUAUUU